GGUCUCCGGGGGGACCAUGCCCGGAGGCCGGCCGGCAGCAGCAUGGCUCACGGGCCCGGCGCGCUGAUGCUCAAGUGCGUGGUGGUGGGCGACGGGGCGGUGGGCAAGACGUGCCUGCUCAUGAGCUAUGCCAACGACGCCUUCCCGGAGGAGUACGUGCCCACCGUCUUCGACCACUACGCAGUCAGCGUCACCGUCGGGGGCAAGCAGUACCUCCUGGGACUCUAUGACACGGCCGGACAGGAAGACUACGAUCGUCUGAGGCCUUUGUCUUAUCCAAUGACUGACGUCUUCCUCAUAUGCUUCUCCGUCGUCAACCCAGCCUCGUUUCAGAACGUGAAAGAGGAGUGGGUGCCGGAACUUAAGGAGUAUGCGCCAAAUGUCCCCUUCUUGUUGAUAGGAACUCAGAUUGAUCUCCGGGAUGACCCCAAAACGUUAGCAAGACUGAAUGAUAUGAAAGAAAAGCCCAUAUGUGUGGAACAAGGACAGAAGCUAGCAAAAGAGAUAGGAGCAUGCUGCUAUGUGGAAUGUUCAGCUUUAACCCAGAAGGGAUUGAAGACUGUUUUUGAUGAGGCUAUCAUAGCCAUUUUAACUCCAAAGAAACACACAGUAAAAAAAAGAAUAGGAUCAAGAUGUAUAAACUGUUGUUUGAUCACGUGAGAGCCAUCUGCGGUGGCCAAGGGAACUGUCCACUUCUCAGAUUGCGUCCGAAAUGCCGCAGCUCCACCCAGACCUCUGUAAAGAAGGAAGCGGUUUCAUGUCCUCAGAAUUCUACAGUUUAUUAAGAAUGUUUCUUAAAUGUCUAAGCAGCAAACAGCAUCUGAAGCCACAAUCUAUUAUAAAUACUUUAUUUCAACUAGAAGAUACAAUCUCUCAGGGGUUUCAUAGUUUAAAAAGCUACAAUCACAUCAUGUUAACUAUGUAAAAAAAACAGUGCUGUAAAUGGAACUGCUUGGCUUUGACCGUAGACAUUUCAGCACAGCCCUUAUGGAAUCUGCACAAAGAAAUAUCUUCUCCCUUUGCUCCAAUUAAUUGUUCUUGUAUGUAAGUUGCUUUCUAUUCCGGUAUAUCCAGAGUGGUGACAGAACAAGGCCAGCCACGUAGCCAAAGGUCGCUCCGAGCGUACAGGAGAUGGGCCACACCUGUGGAGAGAAUGUACGAGAUCAAAAAAGAACAACUGUCUUCUUAUUACUUGAGCACAAGUUACGUGUAUCCUAAAUAUUUCUAUAUUAAAGCUUAAUGUGCUUUCUUAAAGAAUGCCAAAAGUGUAAUAAGGUCAUACCUGCAUUUAUCAUGAACACUAAAAAAUGUACACAUUUUAGUUAAUGUGCAUUCAAUUGUAUCAAGGCUUCCGCGAAUUGUAGAUUUAGUUUGCUCCCCAAAUUGCAUGAGAUACAGGCUAAAGUUACAAAUUAAAAUUCUGGGUCAGAAUUUGCCAUAAUACUGGACUCAAUUUAGCUUUCUGAACUAGCUGGUGAUUUAAAAAAAAAACAAAUCUCAUAUUGGCUGUAUAUAUGAAAUGAAAUGGCAAGUGUGUAUGCUGACCACAACAAACUUUAAUGUCGUUAAAGAGGAAAGAUGUAGAAUUCAAGCAUGUUCACGGAAUUUAUAACAGAGCAGCUGCUUCCAUAAAACUCCUAUAACCUUCCAGAUAUAGUACGGGAACUACAGCAGAAGUUAUAGAACUGUAACUUGCGUAUCCACACAGACUGUAAGUUAAACAUAGUACCGGCUUCCAAACACCCAGUCUUCUCCAGCCGCAUUACAUCUCACAAUAUGACAUCAAGCCAGAAGUAAACAGUGUUGGUGGAUUUCAUCCAGAUCAGCAUGUGUUGGUCGCUUGUAAAAGGCUCCGUGUAGAACCACAGUUGGAGACAAAUCUUCCUGUUCAUCUGGGAACUCACGCCGUAUACUGGAGCCAUCUCUGAUCUUUGUCUUGGGGGAACGGGCCACACAGCUGUGCAGGGGUGAACCACCUUACUCACGCGUUCUUUUACCUGACCCGGCUUCCUGUUUGGUCUGCUGUGAAGCUCUGCCUUAUUCCAGACAAUAGUGUUAGACACACUGCAUUGAGAACAGCCUAAUGCAGUUUAGAGACGUAUAAUCAAAUCCCUAAUUUUUCCAGCUUUUCCUACAUUUCAACUUGCUGUUGCCUAAAUUACGAUUUUUUUUAAGUCUUUGGUGAGCUUCUGAUAACUUCCAUGACUUGAGCUUAUAGCUAUGUCUCUUGCACAGAUUGGGUAAUGGAACACUAAACUUUUAUACUUGAAAAUGAUAGCCUUAAGUGCUCCUAUCAGUCACAAACCUAGGAUGUACCGUCUUGUUGUAUGUGAGCUUUGUAGAAAUUUUUUAAAAUAAUGAGCAUCAUCUUCCCUAGUGAAGGUGGAGAGUCUACUGGAUAAAUGGUCUGGAGCUUUCUCUCUGAGCUAGACAUUGGAUAUCUUCUUUCUCCCAAGACAUGGUGGUUCACAUUAAAUAUCAUGGCCUUAAAUGUGCUCAAGUGGAAUCUUAAAUGUAACCUUCCAUUUAAUUUUGAUCUAAUAUUUUUAGGUAGAAUUGACAAAGAUUGCAUAAACCAAUCAACAUAUUAGCUAAGCUAUCCAACAUAUGGUAUAAAGGAAUUAAGACAGUAAAGUAUUAUAUAUUCCCAAGUUGCCUUUGGGGAUUUGAUGGGAUUUUUUUUUUUCUUUUUCAAAUU